UCCAUUCACGGACUCUGGCUUUAAUGGCUGCGCGAAUGAGUUCAUUGCCCGCAUCCAUCUAUCUGAAUCUACAUAUGGGGGGCACGUCAGUACAUCUCCUCCUCUACCCAAGCACCUGCUCACACAUCUAACUGACAGACUACCAGCGCGAGGCUGCGGCUGCUGCUCUUCAAGAUUCGAACGAACGCUAUCGCGCCGGAGUCGAACGUUGGGAACGCGUCGUGGAACCUCAGACCGCGUCGCAUUCGCGCGAUCGACGCAAAGUUCGUUCCUCCGAACGCGAGCUUUAUUAUUUAGGCGUUCUCCGUUCAGAGCCGUUAGAGGUUUCAUUAACGGACUGUCACGGCUGUGAACGGAUUUGAUGGAUCACCUAUCCCGUGCGUUUCCUCGAAGCUGGCAACCAUACAGCGCGCGUUUACGCAGAGCUCACCUCAUUGUCUCGCUGAAAUGAUUUCGGAUAACGCUAGUUGAAACACCUGCUUGAAAACAGCGCACUCGCACUGAGAGCAGGACAUCGCGAGGUUCCUCGUGUAACGGGAUGACGGUCUGCGCGUCUCGCCAACACGCUAUGAAUUCGGCUUUACGUUGUGUGUGUCGGAGCGACUGAACCCAGAGGUGCCCUGUAAACCCGAAGCCCGCUGAUUUAACACAAGUUUUGCUUUCACUGAAACUGUUUGGUCGUGAUCAUGCCCGUCAGUGCAAUGCCGAGGGGUCGUUCUCUGAGCCCGGUAUCUUUGUCCCGCAGCCUCUCGCGGCUGAGGGAGUUUCGAACCCGGACUCGCAUCAUGCUUUCUCUGGGAGUUUCACAGAUGGUGCUCGGGAGUCUCAUUUUGGCUGUCAGUUUCGCCGCCUUGGCCCUCACUACAUCUCCAAGGGUGAGACAUUCGUGUCCCUUUUGGGCUGGAUUCUCGGUGCUUUUGUCUGGACUGAUCGGAGUGGUGUCAUGGAAAAGGCCCCUCUCUUUGGUGAUAACUUUCUUCAUGCUGUUGUCUGCUGUGUGCGUGAUGCUGAACCUUGCAGGAGCCAUCCUUUCCUGUCAGAAUGCCCAGUUGGUCAACUCUCUGGAGGACUGUCAGCUGAUCAAAUUUGACAGUGACGGUGUGUGUGUCUGCUGUGAGCUCGAGCACCUGAGAUCCACCUGUAAUAAUCUGGGAGAUACGCUUAAACUCAACCCGCUGAGGGACUGCAACACCAUACGUCUCCGUCUGAAGGAGCUGCUUUUCAGCGUGUGUGCACUGAAUGUUAUCUCCACCAUUGUGUGUGCUCUGGCCACGGCCGUGUGCUGUAUGCAAAUGGUUUCUACUGAUUUACUACAGAUGUUCAUGCCACACAGAGCACGCGCCUUGAGCGCGGACUGUAUGACCCCUCAUGGUACCAUCUUACACCAGACACUGGAUUUCGACGAGUUCAUCCCACCCAUCCCACCUCCUCCCUACUACCCACCAGAGUACACCUGCACUCCUGUGAUGGAGGGCCAGAGAGGGUUGCAUCUGGACUUUCCACACUCUCCCUUCAGUGCUAUUUAUGGGGUGCCUAUAAACAGCCCUGGGGCUCUGUAUCCAUCUGAGCUGCCUCCACCCUAUGAAUCUGUCGUGGGACAGACACCUGCCAGCCAGAUGACCACCAGUCUUGAGCAACAGGUCACAGAGUCCAGUCUGUGUGAAAGGAACACCACAGCUGGCCUUAGCACUCAGGCCUCUGUUGAUAGCGCUUCCCUUAUGGUGUCUGAAACUGCAGACAUCCCUGAUCACAGCUGUUCCUCUGAAGACCUGUGUUCUCUAGAAGUGCAAGGCUCAGAUUCCUCUCCAUAUGACACUUUGCGCAUCGUACCCACUGAUGGUAGCUGCACAAGUCUGGAUCACAGCACCCACUCGUCUCAGAGGCGGCAGACCCCUGCUCGACUGGACCACAGCGAGUCCUCUGUCACGCAGGAUUCCAAGCCCCACUCUCCCCAGCUGUCACCCGAUGCUGUUAACGUGCCUGAGAAGGAGGAGAUUACAGGGGUUAAACCCACAUCCCGCACGCAGCACAGAGAACGAACCAAUAAGAAGCUUACCCUUCUUUUCCCUCCAAGCGCACCAUCCCAAUGUGCUUCCAACUCGGCAGUGACCUCCACUGCCGCCACAGCUUCUGCUCUGGCCCCCUCCGCCUGCACCUCUCCGUCACCCACCGCUCAGCUGCGAGGAACCCGGCUGUGCUUCAGCGUCUGGUCCCCGUCCUCCUCUUCCUCUCAGCCCCAUGCUACCUCUGCUCUCAGCAACCCCAGUCAACGAGAUCGGCCCCGCACACUCCGUGCCACCAAAGGCUAUCGGAAGCUGGCGAGGAUUGUGCGUUCCACUAGUGAACCUAUAUCCUGUACUUCCAUAGCUAGAAGUGACCGUUGUGCUCCUGCUUCUAACCAUCCACCUGAGGACUCCCCACAGACUCCCUGUGAUCAAGCAUGUAUGGAGCUGUCUGAGAGUGCCAGACACCCUUCUGCCAAACAAAGCAGCCAAGGGGGCAAGAAGCAGAAGGACGGCGGAAAGCUGGACAUCCAACUCAAACCUCACAUCCCUCACUCAAUGUCUACAGAACGGCCUCAGUCUCUGGCAGACCUGAAAACUUACAAAGACACCAAAGUGCUGGUGGCCAAGUUCCUGGAGCACUCGAGCUGCAGUUUACCUCCAGAGGUCCAGCAGGUGGUCAACAGCAUUAAAUGUGUUAUUAAAUCUGAUGAGAAACACAUGGAGGAGGCCAUUUUCAGCGCCAGUAUCAUUGAUCAGUUGAUGACACAGUCACAGAAGAUCAUGGGCAGCCGGAAGAAGCAUGCUCACGAAGACCUGCAUUUACAGAGCUGUGGGGCGUUGAGUUCGCCGUCUUCAUCUUUGCGCCGUCCACCCAGAGGAUCCAGUCAGACAGAGGUCCCCGCCCCCCCGGAUCGUCAGCCUCAAAACCUCAUCAGUGUAUGCAGAGAAACUACACUUUGACCCUCCAGACUACAAACACCAUUUUCCCCAUAAUCCUCUGAAUAUGUGCCAAGGCCAAGUCCUCAUCAGCAGAAAACUGUAGCUCUUGAAAAAAUAAAAAAAAAAGUGAGUUAAUAUGGAGUUGAUGCUUUCUCUCAUAUGUUAAAAAAAGGAUACUUAAAAAAACAAUAAAGAAACACCACAGUGUUUACCUGCAGGGGUAUAUAUUUUUAUUUUAUUGUGAGAAAAAAGGUACAAUAUUUGUUAAAGUGCUGAACUUGCUACUGUGCUAAUUUGGAGAUUGGGUCCGUAAUGGACCAUGGAUGCUGACAAUAUGGAUUUACCUCUUCAUGAUUUUUUUUUUUUAAUACACAGCUUCUGCAAACAUUAUGUGAAAUAUUUGGACAUACUUGGUCAUUGUGUGCCACUGCAGGACAGAGACCUUUAUGAAGCUGGAUUAUUCAACUUACCUCAGUGUGUAAUUAUUUUCUGUGUUACAAAAUAAAAAUG